UGUGCCACACUUGUUUGUCAAUUUCAACCCCUCUCCUCCCCAUAGGCAACUUGACGAAGAGGACACCCGGACACAAACUCCACAGACCCGCUGCUGCAACACUCUUCCGCUCGAAUUCAGAUUAUGGCUUCGAUGAAAGAACAGUAGAUUGUGAAGGCGGGGAUCAAUUUGGAAGGAAAAAAUCAAAGAGCAGAAGGUUGUGAAGCGAAAAAUCGAAUCGAAAGAAUCAAACGGCGAAGACAGCAACAAGGUAUUUAAUGUGUCACAAGGAUUCAAUUUAAGAUUUGAUACUAAAGUCAUGAAUUUUCUUGUUGGAGCCUUCAAGCCACCAUGUAAUAUUUCUAUCACAUUUGCUGAUGGAAGAACUCGCAAGCAGGUUCCAUUAAAGAAGGAAAAUAGUCAAACCGUAAUGGUUCCCCUUUUCCAGAGCCAAGAGAACAUUGUUGGGGAGGUUUCUCUAGAACCGAUUCAAGGGAAGAAGGUUGAACACAAUGGUGUGAAGAUUGAACUCCUUGGUCAGAUAGAGCUAUAUUUUGACCGAGGCAACUUUUAUGACUUCACAUCCCUUGUACGUGAACUUGAUGUGCCUGGCGAAAUAUAUGAAAGGAAAAGAUAUCCUUUUGAAUUUUCUACUGUUGAGAUGCCGUACGAGUCGUAUAAUGGGGUGAAUGUAAGACUUAGGUAUAUUCUGAAAGUCACAAUCAGUCGGAACUAUGUCAGCAACAUAGUGGAAAGCCAAGACUUUGUGGUUCGCAACUACACACCACUUCCAUCAAUCAAUAACAGCAUUAAGAUGGAAGUUGGAAUUGAAGAUUGCCUACACAUUGAAUUUGAGUACGGUAAAAGCAAGUAUCAUCUGAAGGAUGUUAUAAUAGGUAAAAUAUAUUUUCUUCUUGUAAGAAUCAAGAUUAAAAAUAUGGAGCUUGAGAUCAGACGCCGAGAAUCAACAGGAUCAGGGCCCAACACUUAUGUUGAAACAGAGACCCUUGCAAAAUUUGAGCUGAUGGAUGGUGCUCCUGUGAGAGGAGAAUCAAUACCAAUCAGAUUGUUUCUAAGCCCGUAUGAACUGACACCAACAUAUCGCAACAUCAACAACAAAUUUAGUGUGAAAUAUUAUUUGAAUCUUGUCAUUGUGGAUGAAGAAGACAGAAGAUAUUUCAAGCAACAAGAAAUUACAAUCUACCGCCUUCUAGAAACUUCCUAGUCUGUUUGAAACAAGCCGAGUCUUGUGUUUGCAAGUUGAAUGAGUUGGUUUCCUUUUGGCAACUUCUUGGAAUGAAAAAUGUAACAUCUUUGUUUAAGGUUCGGGGGAUUUUAUUGGUCUUCUGGGCAUGAGCUCUAAUCCCUAAUGGCAGUUGCUAGUGCAUGUGUUUUUAUUUUGGUUAAUAAUUUUUGCAUUAAUGUAUUUUUAGCCAUGUAUUUGUGUAUAGCCCGGGCCUUACGGGAGGAAUUUCCUUUUUUAUGGCCCGGGACGAAAUCUUAGGUUCUUUGUUGGCAUUUAUUACAGCUCUGGUUUGUAAUCUCACAAUGCAUUGAAGACUUGUUUUGACCUGGGUUUGCAUCA